AGUGGUGAUAAGACAGUUUCAAUUAAGACAUCAACGAGUAAUGUUGUUCGGUGGAAGUCGUUGACGGAUCACGGCGUAUUAGGGAAUACGAAAUCUUUCGGAACUUUUAAAUGUAGAUAGAAAAUAAUAGUAAGAAAAAACGGACAUGGAAAUUCCAAUACAUGUUGCAGUGCGUAUUUGUCCCAAGGGAUUGCAAGAGGUGAAAAAAGAAAAUGAAGAUACGAAAACUCAAGUGAAAGAAGAAUGUGCAGAAGGAGAAGAAGACAAAGUGGAUAACAUAAAAACGGAAGAUAAUGCCCUAGUGAUUAAGAAAGAAGUGGAUGAGCUAAAUGCCAAGGACAAAUGUUGUGUGCGGGCAAUACCGUUUAUAAAAGGCCUACCAGGUCUAACGGCCCCAGGUUGUAGAGAACCGCCAGAUGUUGUUCAAGUGGGACCCCAUUCAUUUCCCGUCACCCAUGCCCUACCCUUGGACUGUAGCCAAUUAUAUGUGUAUCAAAAAACUCUGCUACCCAUGAUGACCAUGCUCAUGGAGGGCUUUGAUGCUUCUGUGGUCACAUAUGGCCAGAGGGGUUGUGGUAAAACCUAUACUUUAUACGGCCAUGGUCCAACACAGAGUGAUGAUCAAGGCCUGAUUGCCUUCUGUGUACGGGAAAUAUUCAAUCACAUACAUCGUCAUCCGGAAAGGACUUGUAUAGUUAACAUCACCUGGGUGGAGAUUUGUCGUGAGAUCAUCCGAGACAUCUUCGGUGUGGGCAGUGUCCAGUGUAUGAAUAUCACAGAUGCCUUUCAUUGGCUCCAAGUGGGCUAUAAAUUACUCACCUCCAACAAAACACAAAUGGGUCAUUCUCUGUUCAGCAUCACACUGGAACAACGUUGGAUCUCCAAGGAGGGUCUGAUACAACAUCGCUUGUCGACAGCAAGUUUUACAGAUUUGUGUGCCACGGAUCGACUUAUGCUUAAAACUCCCAAUGAUCAAACCACCUAUGUGCCCAUGGACAAGGGACUACAGGCCUUGGAGUGUGUAAUUGGCAGCCUCAUAGAUCCCGCCUUGGUCCACAAGGGCUAUGACUGCAUUCCCUAUAAUCGCAGCAUGUUAACGACCAUGUUGAAGGAUUCAUUUGGUGGUCGUGCCCAAACCUUGGUCCUGGUGUGCAUCUCACCGUGGGAACGUGACAUUGCAGAGACCAUUGCCAAUAUGCAGUUUGCCUUUAAGGUCCAGUGUGUCCAUAAUUUUGUAGUUAUCAAUUCAUUUUCGGAUGACAAUACACCGGCCAUACCGCAAGAGGUACCGACACAAAAUAAUGACAUCAGUGAGGAAGACGUUAAUGAAGAGAAGGAUGGGGAGGAGGAUGAGGACGAAGAGGAUGAAGACGAGGACGAUGAAGCUGAGGAAUCCAAUUCUCCAAAGAAAUCUCAAGACCCAUUUGCCUUGCAAUUCGCAGCCAAUCAAUAUUCCAAAUUGGUUUCCAAUGCCGAGGAUUUACUAUCAAAAUUAAUAAAUUCCAAUGCCAUUGGAGAAGAUGAAAAGCAGCAGAUUGAAUCUUGGCUGAUACAGAAGCAGGAAUGUGAUGACUGCCUGAAUUCCAAUGAUUCCUCUCAGACCGAUACAAUUUUGGAUCCCAUACAAGAACAGGAUGAAGCGGAACUGCAAGAAGGCGAAACCCCAAAAUUAAAUGAAGAAGAAAGUGCAAAUGAACUAAGUGAUCCCGAUGUUACCGAUCCGGAACUGUCCCUGCCUGCCAACUCUGAAAAUGAUUCCGAUUCGGAACUUCAAUGUUCAGAUAGCGAAAACAAAUUACAAUUGUUAAUGGAAAAACUGGAGAAGAAAACGGAUGAAAUGGCAAGAAAGAAAUAUGUCGACUUUAUGAGCCAGCAUCCCAAGGCUGUAACAGAAUCCCAAGAAAGUGGGCUAUUUCGAAGGACCACAAAUGCUGAGGAGAGGAAACCUUCAUUGGCUUCGUCGGAACGUGGACGUAGGCGCUCCAUACACCCUGGAUCGGCUUUGUCAAGUGUGGAACUUGCCAUGCUGCAACAAUUGGCCACAAGAGAACAAAUGGACACGGGGACGGGGAACAAAGAGUUGGGACCGAGUAAAGAUACAACCUGGGAACCCAAAGCGCAUUCUGGCCGCGAAGCCAUUGAUAAGAAGAUACGUAAAUUAGAUGCCAAUAUAGAGGGGCGUAUGAAACAAAUCGAGGAGCUAGAGAAAACAAUACAGCUGAAACAGAACAUUAUUAUGGAUCUGGUGGAGACCAGUGAUACCAGGACCACAGCCAAGCAGAGAUUUCACAAGAAACGCAAUAAACUGCAAGAGGAAUAUGACAAGUCGAAGAAGUCUUUAAACAAAGCUCUGCAACAGCGAAAGGACAAAAAGGAGGUGGAACGUUUGAAGGCCGAUGUAGCUCGUUUGGAGCAGCGGCUUAACGAUGUGACCUCCAUAAAACACAUUGCUGGGGAUAGUGUGCAAAAAGUCAAGAAGCUGCAGCAAUCUCUGAAAGAUUCUCAAACCCUGUUGGAAAAUCUCAAGAAAAAGGUGGAAAAAGAGAAGAAAAAGAAGGAGAAUUUGGAGCAGGAAUUGAAAGACCUGCCAAAGGAAGAAGAAAUACCAAAGAAAAUCACCAAGGCAUUGGUCCAUCCCACGCCAGCCGAAGAGCAUCCUGAAAUGCAAGAAAUCCAAUCACGUAUCAAUCAUUUGGAUCACAUUCUCAAGGAGAAAUCAAAGAAUCUACAGCAACCUCAACAACAGCAAGAAAAUGGCGCCCAACAUGAAGGCCUCCGACAUGAAAUUAGAAAUUUACGUAAAACACGUGAUCAUCUUUUGGAUCAGCGAUGUUUUUUGGAUCAGAAAUUUAAGCGGGAAAAGGCUCUGAGCCAGAAAGAGGAACGUAAGCUCUUGGAAUGUGAUGAGGCCAUAGAGGCCAUUGAUGCUGCCAUUGAGUUCAAAAAUGAAAUGAUCUGCGGCAAUAAGUCCAUUAAUACCGAUGAACGUUUGCAGCGGGAAAAGGGCGAACAAAUGCUUAUGGCCAGGCUUAAUAAGCUGAGCAGCGAAGAGAUGCGCACCCUGCUCUAUAAAUACUUCAAUAAAGUCAUUGACCUGAGGGACUCAUCGAGGAAACUAGAAAUGCAAUUGAUGCAGCUGGAACGGGAGAAAGAUGUCUGGGAAUGGAAGGAACGUGUUCUAUCAAAUGCCAUACGCCAAGCCCAUUUGGAAGGUGAAAGGAAGGCCAUCCUGAUGCAGAGACAACAUGAAAUGAAACUCACGCUCAUGUUGCGCCACAUGGCUGAAGAGUCCUCCAUGAGUUCAGCUUCAUUCUCGGAUCAGUCACUUUCCUCUUUGUCGAGCAUACACAAACCCUCCUCAAUGGCUCUGGUGCCCACGACGAUGUCCAUAACAACUUCCGGUAAUACUGAUUCCGAUUAUCAAUGGCCCCAUCAAAUGAAUCAAAAACUAACAAAACUACCCAGACUCAAGGAAGACGCGCUGAGAAUGUGUCCACCCCCAGAUCAUCCCCUGCCGCUCUACAAACAACCCUUGGACGCUUUUAAAGGAAAAACUGUAAAAGUUGCGGCUGCCACUUCUCUGUUGGGUAACAAUUUCGCCGAACCGAAUCUCAAUUGGCCCAUGCCAAGGCCAACGAAAACAAAUGACAUGGAACUAUGUCCCCUACCGGAUCGUACGGUUACCAAAUAUCAGAAAACCGAAGAUAAAAUCAAGGAGAAGGAAAGUAAAAAUAAACUUUUUGCCAAAUUUCAAGUCCUGACACGUUAUGCAACGAGUAGUCAGCGACAUGAGGAUUCUGCCACAUCGAAUUCUUCAAAUUCCAGUGGAAAAUCGAAUAAAGAAAUUGCCUUGGAAACAAUAUCGCCAGAGAAGCAGAAGAAGUCAUCGAAGAAGAACCAGAAAACUAAGGUGACACGUCAAAAGAAUAAACUCAUAAUUCAAGAUAAGUCGAGAAAGAGCUAAGGCGGGAAAGGUGGAGGUGGAGGGAGAGAA